CUCCCGCGGCGCCUGCGCCCGCGUCCGCCACAGUCGGUGCGCCGCCGGCAACCCAGACACACGUGCGCGCCGUCGCUCGCUCCUCAGCUGCCCGCGCGCCCGUGCUCUCGACAUGAGCUCCGGCAAGAGGAAGCUCUCGUUCCUGGGCUUCGCCCCACAGGAGGCGAGCGUCGACAGCGCCGCGGACGAGGUGCGGCUGGACGAGGAGAUGGAGCGCGUGGUGUGGGGCGACGCGGCGCCGCGCCUGCCCGCCGCCGCCGAGCCGCGCCGCGACAGCGCCGCGCCGCCGCCCUACUCCAGCGCGCGCGGGCCCGCCGCCGAUGGAGGGACAUCCAGCAGCUCCGAGCUAUCGCAGGCGCCAGUGAGCACCGCCUCCGAGCACCAGACGUCGGGAGGCGCGUGGUCGGGCUCGGGCUCCGGCGGCAGUCCGCGGGACGCCGACGAGCGACACGUGCAGUUCGACGGCGAGCGCGCCGAGCGGCCCGCCCUCGCCGACACCCUGGACGACGCCGACGAGGAGCGCCGCGCGCAGCGUAACAUCAAGCACCUGCACCCACACAAAACUCGCAAGUACUCCCUACAAGAGGGCGCGCGCGGCGGCGGCGAGCGGCGCGUCAGCAUCGAGCCGGCCGAGGAGCCGCUGCCCGAGGCGGACGCCGAGCAGCUGCAUGCGCACCGCAGCGACGACCCCCGCGCCCUCCGCCGCCACAAGAUCCAGCCGCGGGGCUCAACAGUUCACGUAGGCCGCAAAGAUGGUGGUGAUAAAGUACAAAAUAUACUGUCGGACGCCGCUUACAAGAAGAUGUACGAUCACAGUCCGCACUCGGUAUUCGUGCAACUGGAUGAGCUGCUGGCUACAGAGGACGGUGAAGCUGAGUGGAAGGAGACGGCGCGCUGGAUCAAGUAUGAAGAAGACGUUGAGGAAGGCUCAGCCCGUUGGGGCAAGCCGCACGUGGCCUCCCUGUCAUUCCACUCGCUACUCAACCUACGGCGUUGCCUGGAGACCGGCGUCGUUCUGCUGGACCUGGACGAAAAGGAUCUGCCUGGAGUCGCAUACAGGGUCGUGGAGAGCAUGGUGGCGGAGGGGCUGAUUGAAGAGGACGACAAGCCCGUGGUGAUGCGGUCGCUGCUGCUGCGGCACCGGCACGUGCACGAUGACCGCUUCCGGUUCUCUAUCAGCGGCAAAAAGCACUCCUCGUACACGAGCCUGCAGAACCUGUCGGACCCGCGGCGGCGGCGCAGCUCGUACGCGCUGCCGCUGGAGCGCGCCGAGGUGCGCAAGAAGUCGUCGGCGGGCGGGCUGGAGCUGCGCGAGGUCGAGUACCUGGCGGGCGUGGACGCGGCCGCCGGCUCGCAGGACGAGUUGCGGCGCCCGCACCACGACUCCAUCCUGAAGCGCAUCCCUGGCGAUGCCGAGGCCACCACCGUGCUAGUGGGCGCCGUGGGCUUCCUCGAGCAGCCCACGAUCGCGUUUGUGCGCCUCGCACAAGGCAUCCUCAUGCCAUCUAUUACGGAGGUGCCCGUCCCAGUGAGGUUCAUGUUCAUUCUCUUGGGACCUAGUGGCGCCGACCUCGACUAUCACGAGGUGGGUCGAUCUAUCUCCACUCUUAUGUCCAAUCCGGCGUUCCACUCCAUUGCGUACAAAGCGGACGACCGACGCGAACUGCUAUCUGCCAUCAAUGAGUUCUUGGACGAUUCCAUCGUGCUGCCGCCCGGAGACUGGGAGCGCCAGGCACUUUUGCCCUUCGAAGAAUUACGCGCCAAGAGCGAAAUGAUCCGACGCCGUAAGCGCGAUGCCCUGGAGCGCAAGCGUGCGGCCGGCGAAGCGCCCACGCCACUCGACGAGAAGAAGGCGCUAUUAGCAGCUGAGACCGGCGGCUUGCCCACCAAGGAGCCGGAUGAUCCGCUAGUAAGGACAGGCCGCUUAUUCGGAGGUGUACUACGUGACAUAAAGCGACGUUACCCCUACUAUUUGUCGGAUUUCCGCGACGCGCUGAAUGGGCAGUGUGUCGCAGCCACCAUCUUCAUGUACUUCGCGGCGCUCUCCUCCGCGAUCACGUUCGGCGGUCUGCUAGCCGAGAAGACCUAUGGCAGUAUCGGCAUCUCUGAGACUUUGGUGUUCACGUGCGCAGGCGGCGUGCUGUUCGCGCUGGCGGCGGGGCAGCCCAUGAUGAUCACGGGGGCCACGGGCCCGCUGCUGCUGCUGGACGAAUCGCUCGCCAACUUCUGCCACUCGAACAAGUUCGACUUCCUGACGGCACGUAUGUACUGCGGCCUCUGGAUGAUUGUCAUCGCACUCGCCGUCGCCUCUGCGGAAGGCAGUGUGGCCGUCAAGAAGAUCACCAGGUUCACUGAGGAUAUCUUCGCCUUCCUGAUCUCUCUGAUCUUUAUCGGGGAGCCGGUGACCAGCCUCAUCAACGUAUUCCGCGCCCAUCCGCUCGGCAUAGACUAUGCCGCAGCCGCCGCCAACGUGACGGUUAUCGCCAACACCACGCUGCCAGCAGGCAACGCGACGCUGGCGCCGGCUGCGGGCGCGCGCAUGCCGCCGCAGCCCAACACGGCGCUGUGGUGCACCAUGCUGACGCUGUCCACCUUCAUCAUUGCCUACUAUUUACGCAUUUUCCGCAACGGCAAGUUCCUCGGCCGCAGUGCACGGCGCGCUCUCGGCGACUUCGGCGUGCCCAUCGCGAUCGUGCUGAUGGUGGGCGUGUCGUGCGCGGUGCCCGUGUGGACCGAGACGCUGCGCGUGCCCGAGGGGCUCAGCCCCACGGCGCCGCGCUCCUGGUUCGUGCCGCUUAACGACGGGCUCAGCACCAUUCCCACGUGGGCCGCCUUCGCGAUGGGUCUUCCUGCUCUCAUGGUCUACAUCAUCGUCUUCAUGGAGACCCAUAUAGCCGAGUUGAUUAUUGACAAGCCGGAGCGAAAAUUGAAAAAGGGCAGCGGUUUCCACAUGGACAUUGUGAUCAUGUCGGCGGUGAACGCCAUGUGCGGCCUGUUCGGUGCGCCGUGGCAGUGCGUGGCCACCGUGCGCUCUGUCAGCCACGUGUCUGCGCUCACCAUCAUGUCCACCACACACGCCCCUGGUGACAAGCCGCACAUCGUCGAGGUCAAAGAGCAGAGGCUGACGGGGCUGCUGGUGGCGCUGCUGGUGGGCAUCUCCGUGCUGGCAGCGCGCUGGCUGCGCCUUGUACCCAUGGCCGUUCUGUUCGGAGUCUUUCUAUACAUGGGGAUAUCAGCACUCGGCGGAAUCCAGUUCUGGGACCGCUGCAUUCUCUUACUAAAGCCUGUCAAACACCAUCCGCAAGUUCCUUACGUCAGGCGGGUGCCGACGCUGAAGAUGCACUUGUACACCCUGAUCCAGGCAGCGGGCCUAGCCGUGCUGUACGCUGUCAAGUCGUCGCGGUUCUCGCUAGCCAUGCCAUUCUUUUUGGUGAUGAUGGUGCCACUACGCAUGUCCCUCGCCUACGUUUUCACGCCGCUGCAACUCCGAGCGUUGGAUGGCGCGCAAAAAGAGAUCGACAAGGACGACGAACCCGACUUCUACGAGGAGGCGCCGCUGCCGGGCUAGAGACCGGGCGCGCGCACAAACACUACGCCUGGGACUUUGUUAUUUCUUCCUUGGUGUCUACACUAUUUGUUUACUCUCUGUGAUGAUUUGUAUAAAAGUUGUGUAUAUUUCGAAAUAAUGGCAGUCAGACUGCGCUAAUAUAUUUUCAUGCUAUAGACUUACAGGUACGUUGUUAUAAUACGAAAAAGGAUUCAGUUGUAUGCCUGCGCUAGCCCCACCAUGGUUGGUGCAACCAAAGAGUAAUAUUUUAUUUACACGUAUACAUCUCCGAACGUUUAAUAUAACUCGGGAACGAUAUUUGUCGUAAGGUUCGACUAUACGUCUCCCUCGCAGGGAACCAGCGCGAACUCGUGGCACGCAAGCGGAACCCGUCACUGGGCGGCUUGCAGGUGCCACCCAGUGGCCAGUUAGAGCAGGAUCACUACCAUUUCAUGAAUUUUGGUCUUCAGUCCUACUUAUGUACAUUGUACAGUAUUAAUUUAUGCUUAGUUACCAUCGAUACGUAACAUAAUUAAUGAUAAGAACCAUUGUGAUAAGUUCAUUGAUUUUAAGUGAAUAUGAUGAAUGACAGGGUCAUACAGGUAAUGUUUAUUAUUUGCAGAAUUAGUAAUUUGUUGUUGCGCUUCGUCUCGCUCGGGUAAAAAUAAUAAACAAAUGUGUAACAUUGGAAAGAGGAAACACCAUUGUUGUAGGCGUGGCCAGCCGGCAGCAUUGGAUGAAGAGUGUACCAAGGUGCAUGAUGCUCAUCGCUCCUCCACUUAAUAAAGAAAGUAGUGAACGAAUACUUGUUAAUCCGAAUACUAGCCCGUCAGAGAUAGAGCACGCUGCCACACGCAGGUGUAUUCAAGCGUUGAAAUGAUAAAUUAUUCUAGGUAUACCGAAACUAAUUAUUAGUACGGAGUAGACCUUCAGGUCGGCAGCCGCGUGUGUAGUCACUCAAACAUGUACCUCCUCUCUAUAGCCCUAUCUACACGGAAAAAAAACAUGUCGUGAUAUGCCUUGCUACGCAUAUAGCUUGAUGCCAAUAUUAAUGUGUACCUUAAGUAUGUAUAUGUAUUAUUGUAAUUAAUUGACAAUGACACAAAGUGUCGUUACUUACGCGAUUUUAAUUCCAUUAGGGUGUAUUCGUGCCGGUGGGUGGCGCGACGAGGCUGGAAGAAGCCACUUAAAUAAACACAUACAUCGCAUUAAAUGUACUUAAGUAUAUUUGUUCAUGUAGAAAGUAAGGUAUGUCGGUGUGAGCCGACCCUUAUGUGUUACCGUCGCGUCGCUGUGGUACCUUGUAGGUACUUGAUCAAUGUGUCUUUUUAUUUAUGAAGUAGGUAUAAGUAGUACUAGCAAUCUUUACAAAAGAUGUAGGUAGUAGUUCCUAGUAGAAAUAAGUAGGCUAGCAAUCAAUGUUCUCGAUCCGCACAAAUUCCAAGGACGUGUAAUUGUUUGUAUUUCAGAAAUAUGUGUGUAGGCAGGUACAUAGGACCACAAGUACUUAAUGCCGGCAGCUGCUAGUCGCUGAUCAUUAAUACCGGCCGCAGUCGUGGCUGUCAUCAUUUCCAGUCAUUCUUAUUAAGGUUAAACUUUGAUACGAAGUCAGACCUUAAUACCUAUUUUGCGACGUUAACGACUACCAGUAGGUACCAAAUAGAGCAAGUGGCCCUAUAUCGCGAUAUUUAGAAUAAAAGUUAGACAAAAAAGUGCCCAAAAUUAGACAGAAUAGUCAGUCUAGUCAGUCAAUAUAAACCGAAAUAUGCUUCUUCAGCCAAACUACCUAAAUAAGAAAAUUACAGAGCGUUAAUUAUUGCACAUAAAAUCAGUAGUAAUUAGCAUAGCCACGUAUCUAGUAUCUAUGUUUAAACUAAUAAGCUGCAACGAGAUCACACAUACGGUGGGCAAGUUGCCUGCCAUCGUACCUUCUACUGUCGGGUACUGUCAUGGCAGGUACUGUGUACUUUAUCAAUGUACGACUUACUGUGUCAUACACUUAAAGAAUGUAGCUACAUAUUAUCUACAAUACCUAAUUUGCAGGCUUCAGGCUGAUAACUUAAGUAUGUAUGUUACAUGGUGUAGGAGGGCUAAUGGUUCCCCUUUCUUUCCUUCCGUAAGGUUGCCUCUCAUCAAGCUAGCGGGCCGAUGACCUGUGAACAUUCCUCCAUUCGUAUCUUAUAAGCACUUAUUAUGUUGAAUAUAUAAAUACUGUCUAGAAGCUCGGCUAAAUCUAAACGUAAGGAACAUCAAAGGUCCUUAUUACUGCUUAUUAAAAAAAAAAAACACAUGAAAAAUUUGCCACCCAUUUCAAAUGUAACUAGGUGCACUAGGUAAUCUAAAACUAUAGAUAAUCCCAAUGAAACUAUUGAAUGUGAAGGGUUCGUUUGUGUAUGUUAUAUCUUACGUAAAGCAGUGAUAUUAUGUUUGUCAAAAUGACAUCAGGUUCGUAAUUUUUCAAGGUUAUAGUUUUUUGUUGUAGUUACAGUAGGACGAACGCAUUGUACGCGUCGCUAUACAGCAGUCGCAGACCAUGCCGACUGCGGACCCUGGACUAUACAUAUAGUCCAAAAGCUAUUAAACAAUUCUUGUUUAAGCGCUCAAUACGUAGCAACUCUCAUUUUGGCAGCAUACACAACGUAACAUUAGAAAGCCCGCACUACUUGUCAUGAAACUCGUUUAGUUGAACAACCUCGCGCUUUGGUUCUCGGUACAGCAGGGAAUCGAGGCCUAUGCGGAGCAUGCACCCAUACACCCAGUUCCGUCCUGCUGCAGUUUAGUAAAAAUGUGCUAUAACUAGUGUGUAAUGAUAUUGAAGACUUUAGCUGUAAGAUUAUAAAGUAGGCUCGGUAUGGUAAUGUUAUAAGUUGAACCAAUUCAUUGUUAUUGUUUUUGUUGAAUAACUUAAAUAAACUGUUUAUAACGUUAA